UAGGCAAUAAACCCGCCACAAGUUCAUUCCAGUAUCCAGCACAUCACAACGAUCCACAAUGGCACCAAUCCAUUUGCUGUCCAUUUUCGUGGCGUUUCUCGCCUCAGCUUCAGCUUCAUGCCUCUCGUUGCCACCUCGAACGGAAAACACCCUAGUUUUGGUUCACACGUUAUUCCGGCAUGGGAACCGGACGAUUGAGGACAACAUCUACCCUACCAAUCCCUAUGGGAAUGAAAGCUUCUACGCCCCAUAUGGGUAUUACCAGCUCACCAAGGAAGGUCGCAAGACAGAGUUCAAAAUAGGAGCAGCCUUAAGAGAACGUUAUGGCUCCUUCUUGGGAAGUGAGUAUAACAUCAACUUGAUCGAUGCCAGGAGCACUGUAGCCAAUAGAACGAAAAUGAGCAUGCUCUUGGUCUUGGCCAGCCUAUUUCCUCCCACUGGGGAGCUGGUUUGGAAUGAGGAUCUGCUCUGGCAGCCCAUCCCGUAUAAUACUUUCGACAACGACAAGGAGUUGUAUGGCCGGAAAGUUUGCUCCAACUACAAGAAAGCCUACAAAAAGCUGAUCAAAACCGAUGCGGUCUUGGAACAGCUGGAACCGUAUCAGGAGAUGUUUGACUACGUUUCUGAGCACUCAGGCUUGGAGAUCCAGAAGGCCAAGAAGGCCUCUGAUCUGUAUGUGGAGCUUCUGACUCAAGCAGCUUAUGGUUAUCCUCUAGAGGACUGGUUCUACACCUACGAAAAGGAGAUGCUGCGUAUUACCAUGCUUAGCUAUCGGUUGAUGGCUGGAACCACCAAGCUGAAGCGAUUGUCUACAGGAUAUUUCCUGAGGAAGGUCAUUGAAGACACCGAAAUUCGGAUUGUUAACCCACAUUCCCCCACCAAGCUCUACCUGUACUCAGCGCAUGAGAAGAACAUCGCCAACCUAUUGGUCACUCUGGAUCUUUUCGAUGACGCACUUCCGGCUUUUGGUAGCUACAUCAUUAUUGAGGUGCACUUGAUUGAUGGAGUUUACGGGUUCAAGUUCUUCUAUCAAAACUACAAGGAGGCGGAGCCAGUUUUGCUGACCAUUCCAGGGUGCGCAGACUUCUGUCCAGUGGAAACUUUCAAAGGCAUCGUUUCGGACUUUUUACCUGAGGAUUCUUACUGUGAGCUUGCCAGUGCUGAUGCGUCUUCUGAUGAUUAAGUGAAUAGUAUUGAACUAUAUGUAUUUCUGAAGAAA